AUGUCUUACCAGAUUUGCACAACCGCUUCUGGUGAGGAUGAGGCUCCUUCAGAACCAACAGACAGGCGAAGAGUCGUGAUGAGGCGAUACGAGGGAUGGGGUGGAGGACGGAAGGAAUCUAAAGUUCUGGUGUUCAUAACGAGCAGCAUCGAACUGCCUGUUACCUCAAAGUCGGAAAUGCCGACGUCUUCUGGGCUGAUCGCUGCUAACACGCUGGAGAGUUUCGCAGUUUCUGACUCAGGUGAAGCGAUCUACCCCUUCGAGGGUUUUUAUUUAGCACGGCUCAGGCAUCAGCUUGGAGAUCGUUUCCAGUUCUUCUCGGAAGAGACCGCCCUCCACGCUCUCCAGUGUAUUCAUCAGCUAGGCUUCAUGCAGCGGUUGGACUCCGAACCAGACAUCCUUGGCGACACAACAACGCCUGAAUCUGUCUUGUCAUUGCGCAUGAUAGCAGAGGGUAUUCCAAUUGACCAAAUCCGAUCAUUGAAAGCCAAAGAGCACCUUGUCAGGGCUCUAGAUUUUCAGGAGGUAAUCUUGGUUCCAACAGCAAGUAACCACCUUUAUCAUAUCCAGUACCAAGGUGCACAAUCUCACAUCGGAGUACAAUUAUUGAAUUCUCUCGACUACGAGCACAAUAGCGGAGACGUCUUGGUAGAUCAGCUCAAGACGUUCCUGACAACAGCGCGGCUCUUAAUGACAUUGGACAACGACCCGGAUACGUUCAUUCGACGUCUCACAAGCAGCGUCAUGAGCAUCCUGGAGGCUGAUGCGCGUGUUGGCAAUCACAGCCCGCAUCGCCGCAUUGGAUGUCUCGUCAGAAGCAAAUAUCAUUGGCCGAUUACGCGGCGUCGUCUAGGGCGAAGCCGAGUACCUAUACUAGAAAGAAACAAAAGCUAUAUGCCAUACGAGAGCACCAAUUCCCGCAUCGGCGAGCGCUUUGACUUGGCCACACACGAGGAACAGGGAGACAUACUUUACGACAAGCGAGUAAGAGAUAUCUGGCGUAUGGAGCCUCCUGCAUUCGGGUCUCUGGCCCAUGUACGCAUACUGUUUCUACCUGUCGGAUCCAUCCACAGGGAGGCAUAUGAAAAAUGGGCAGCGGAAAUCCGAAGCUUUGAUCAUAUUCCGCUCGGCGACAUACCGGCUGACAUGAGAGACGAGAGAGCCCGUUUCAUGCCCAAUCCUCUGGCGAAUGGACACCUACACCUCAACUUCCAAUCUCACCCGCCGUCCCUCUCGCACCAGUCUCUCGGUCUCUUCCGGCCGUCCGAGCUCCCCCUCGGUGUCAUUGGUAUCGCAUCUUGCUCUCGCUCCGACUCCAUGUCCUCCAUUCUAUCCUCGUUCCGGAACUCAACGGCUGGACUGCCGUCUCAAGGGUCUAUAUUUCCAGUAGCGCAAACUUGCUUCGUCUUCGAAGAGAAUGAUGCGAAUCUGGACGUCGGUGAUCGCUUCCCUGGGCUGGUUGUAAUUCCUAGUAUGAUGGGAAACAAGCGAGUGCAUCUUGGUACACUGCUUGCCGGCCUAUGCUCACAGAUACUUGCGAAUUUCGCUACGUUGAUGCAAUCUCUCGAAAGUCCCCUUGGGAACGAAUAUCUGAAUAGCACACUCUUCCCCACACUUCCGCCUACAUCGGAGAUACCUCAAUCAUUAGAAGACGAGGGUCGGGAUUCAAUACCACCUCUUCCUUCUCGUAACAGCCAGCCAGACCUGGGAUCGAAUGGAAUGGCCCGGUCAAAGGUAACUUCAGCCCUCAAACGUGUCUCCACUGGGCCGGGCUUAGCUCCCACUCGACAUUCAAGCUUGCCGCCAACCCCAGCAACAGCCAAAAAGCGUCCAGGCGCCAUAGGCGCCGCUUCUUCUCACGGCAGAUUGUUCAAAGUCCUUGGAGACCUAUUUCUACUCGCGGGAAGACAUCAAGAUGCUUCCGUAUGGUACACCGAAGCGAUCGCGUUAUUCAAAGGACCGCAAGAUACGGCAUGGCAGGCGUCUGCAUUGGAGGGAUUGGCUACAAUCCCAGUAGUCGAAGCCUGGUCCUCCAAUAUUGGAACGAUCAGUACAGGAGACAGAGAGCCAUGGCAAGACACCGUCGAUAAAUUAAACCAGGCUACCGCUCUAUACCAAAAAUCUGCCGCUCCCUCGGAACCAGAAACAACAUACCCAAUUCUCGCUUACCUAUUUGCGCAGUGUGUCAUCAGACAUACCUCCCUCCUCUUCGCGGUCUGGUGUUCCAAAGGCUGGGGUCCUCUUGCGUUUGCACAAAUGGUGCACCCAGGACUGAACCCCUAUUUCCCACUCCCCAGUUCGGCUGACGCUAACACGGACUCGAAUGGAAUAACAGUCACUGUACCCAAGCCUCAGUUACGUCCAUCCUACGCGGAAAUGGAGCGUCUUACUACGAUUUCAGGGAUAUCUCGCGCUCAGAUCGCGACUGUCCUUGCUCAGGUCCACGGCCCCUGGCUACUGCAUCUGGGUGCACGUGAACGGAUUGUUAUUUUGCAGACAGUCGCCGGGAUGUACGGCGCUCUGGGUUACAUGCGCAAGGAGGCGUAUAUCUUGCGCGAGCUGUUGGGUUCCGUAAUGGACUUGGUAGUCUGCGGACGCGAAGAAGGCGGUGCAGGACGGACUGCUACUGGACUAGGAAUUCGGCUGCCUUCAGGUCCAGGUAAUACUACCCAGGGUACCGUAGGCGUCAGGGAGAACCAACGGGUCGAAGGAAAUGAAAGUGUCUUGAGGAUCAUCAAGCACAUCUGUCGGGUGCAUGGAGUCGACCUUGAAGCUGUGAAAUUGGUAGAUUUCGGAGCCACCGGUGGCAAGGCAAGAACAGAAGAGCAAGACGUUGAUGAAGACCAGGAGGAUGAAAUGCUCGACUCGCAUCAAGACCCAUUCGGUUGGCCUGAGCUUCAAAUUGGCAUCGUCCGCGAAGCAAUCGCCGUUGCGGAGGCGCUUCCUGCCAUUCGGAGGGGUGACAGACGGACGGUGGCGUACUGGGCUGGACGGCCGAUCGUCAGCAUUGAAGUGCUUCCAUUGCCUCUCAUUCGGUUGCCGAUACAGAAACCCAAGUCACUUUUAGCAUUGUCAGAUGGGCAGUCGAAUAUGAAUCCUGUCAUUGCCGGCAUGAAAGAUCCAUUCCUCUACAAUCCCCGGAAAACAAUGUCAGGACAGGUUCAAAGCAUAUUAGUACAGAACGAGAAAUUUGAGGUGGUCGUGACAUUACGAAAUCCAUUCGUUUUCGACCUUCAGCUUGAAAGCCUUGCGCUCAGUACAUCUGGCGCACGCAUCGAAUCAGAGAGUGUACCUGUCAUCGUACCAGCAAACACAUACCAUCCCGUGGUGCUGACCGGGAAGGCGCUUGAAGCGGGCCCACUCGUGAUACGCGGUUGUAUUGUUCAAACCCCUGGCGGUGUGCCUCGAGAAUACGCCUUGCCACUAUCCUCUGAUGACGAUGACGAUAGGCGGAACCGAAGGCGAAGUGCACUGGACACAGAGACGGGGCGAUCGAAACACGCGGGGUUGGAUUCGCGGCCUUGGGAGCGUGCGAGGAAACGUAUCAGCAAGAGCGCAGUCGCAUCCUCAAGCACACCCAGUGUGCGCUAUCUGCAGUGUACAGUGGCUCCAGAACAACCUCUCUUGCGUAUACGGCGGACAUCGUUAACUCAUGGCGCGGUCAUGCUCUAUGACGGAGAAACAUCGUUUGUGCGCAUAACCCUGGAAAAUGUCUCUUCGUUACCCGUCGACUUCAUGCGGCUCACUUUUGAUGACUCGACAAUCGCCCCUGCCCAACAGUCUCUUGCGGAUGGAGAGCUGUCGGUCUUCGACACCUACGAGACGGAGUAUGAUCUGAUGCACAGGGCUGUCUUCAACUGGGAUGGCACCGGUGAUAUGCAACGAGUUGCCCCCGGCGACAAAACAACUAUCACUGUGAGAUGUUUCGGCAAAGUGGGUUGUACAAGUGGCGCUAUCCACGUAUCGUAUGGUCAUGUCGAACGCGAAACGCCUGAAGAUUCAUCAGACGUUCUAUACACUCGACAACUCUCAUACCCCGUAGUGGUCACUGUCUACCACAUGCUUGAAUGUCAUGCGAUGGACAUUGUACCAUACUCCACGAUUAUCUCUUUCGCAUCGUCUCUUUCAGAUGAGGACUCGGACUCUCCCGUAGUACACGCAAGGAAAGCCCUUCUCAAUGUUGGGGACGUGGCGGACUGGUGCUUGUUCACCAUCGACGUUCGUAACACGUACGGCUUGCCCUUCGAGGUAACAUUCGAACGCCACGAACCAGGUCUGUCUCAAAAGUCUUCUCGCAUGAGACCAUCGCUCAUUCGCUGGGGCUUCAGACUAUGUAUCAACAACUUGUCUUGUACCGCCAGGCUCAACUUCACGAAAAUGCUUCUAUCAGAAGAGCACAUCUCAAAACCGAUACCUACACUCUCUGACCGGCAGUUCGUUGUGGCCAAGUCGAGCUUGACAUCGUCAGAAGAGAAGGCGCAGCGUGAGUUGUUUUGGUAUCGAGAAGAACUCUUCAAGGCCGUCAGUGGGCGAUGGAAAGAAAGUGGCGGUACACGCUCUGGCGAACUAUCGUUACGCAAGCAACGACUAACGCUCCCUAUGCUGGAGGCCUUACGGACGGAGACGGCACGCGUGGAGAUGUCCCUCCUCAGCUAUGAUGACGACCGAACGGUGCCUGUGCCCAUUGACCCUUCGGGCUCUAAAUCCCUCCCUCCUCCUCAUGAGUUCGUAUAUUUGCAGACGAGGGUUACAAACCUCUCUGCUUCGGAGCUCGUUCUCACACUCACCUUAUCCUUGGAGCCUGCACAACAUGUCCUUUUUCAAGGCACGAUCAGAGACGUUCCCAUAGGGCGGUUGGCUCCAGGCGAGUCGCAAGUAGCAGAUACACCUGUCGUCUUUGUAUCAGGCGGACGGUUCGACUGUUCCGCCGAAGUCCAUGCGCUUGGUCUCGCAGCGCCGUCGAGUCAAGUCGGCCGGGGCCAGCUCCGAGCAGUUGUCAAUGUCGAGCCCACAUAG